AUGGCUAGCAAUAUCAUUCGUCGUACUUUGGCCACCUCGGCUACUUCGCCCCUCAAGAUUGGUUUGAUCCCCGCUGACGGUAUCGGCAAAGAAGUCGUUCCUGCUGCUCGUCGCGUUCUCGAGUCUUUGUCGAAUGGACCCAAGUUUGAAUUCGUGGAGCUUGAGGCUGGUUUUGAACAUUUCCAGAAAACUGGUACUGCUCUUCCCAAGGAAACCAUCACCACUUUGAAGAAUGAAUGUCAUGGUGCCAUUUUCGGUGCUGUCAGCUCCCCAUCGCACAAGGUGGAAGGUUAUUCGUCUCCUAUUGUGGCUUUGCGCAAGCACCUUGAUUUGUAUGCCAACGUGCGCCCGGUGGUCUCUGUCAAGUCGCCUGCUUUCCCUAACCAAAGAGAAUUGGAUAUGCUGAUCAUCCGUGAAAACACCGAAUGCUUGUACAUUAAGCAAGAACGCUUGGAAACGGAUCCCAAGACUGGCAAAAAAUUGGCCUGGGCUGAACGUAAGAUCAGUGAAGAAGCUUGCCACCGUAUCGGUACCAUGGCUUUCAACAUGGCUUUGACCCGUCAAAAGCUUCGUGAACAGAAGCCUUUAGCUGAGCGUAUUUGGAAGCAUAACCCCCGCGUUACCAUUGUGCACAAAUCCAACGUUCUCAGUGUCACGGAUGGUUUGUUCCGCGAAACCGUGCGAUCUGUGAAGGAGCAAAACUUGGAAAAGUAUGGCGGCGUUGACAUGGAAGAGCAGUUGGUGGACUCCAUGGUGUACAGAAUGUUCCGUGAGCCCGAAGCCUUUGACGUUGUGGUUGCUCCCAACCUCUACGGUGACAUUCUCAGUGAUGGUGCUGCUGCUUUGGUGGGUUCGUUGGGUGUGGUUCCUUCUGCCAACGUUGGAGAUGAGUUUGUGAUGGGUGAACCCGUUCACGGCUCUGCUCCCGAUAUUGCCGGUAAGGGUAUUGCCAACCCCAUUGCCGCUAUUCGCUCUGCUGCUUUGUUGCUUGAACACAUGGGUUACACCGAACAAGCCUUGAAGAUGUACGAUGCUGUGGAUGCUGUAUUGGUCGACGGCUCCAUCUUGACUCCUGAUUUGGGUGGCAAGAGCACCACCAACGAUGUGGUGGAUGCCGUCCUUCGUCACCUCUAA